GGGGGUUGCAGCUAAUAGCGAGGCUGGAAAAGAACAGCGGGCGGUGCUAAGGCGGGCUUCCAAUGUAUUCGGUGUAGCAUUUUCUCUCCCUCUCUCACCGAGCAUCACAUUGUUACGGGGAGAAAAUAAAGGAUACGGUGAUGUGUUUUUCUAAUUUGCAUCCUGCUUUCUCACUGCGAGGCUCUGUUGUGGAUGGCUUACAGUGUUUCACUCAAACUGCAGCACGAUUUGCGUGUGGAGCCUUGUGGAUUCUACCGAGAAGCAAGCGUGCAGUUUCAGAUGAAGUCUGCGGGCUCUGUGGAUCAGGAUUUGUUCACAGACACCUACUGCAAGGUCUGCAGCGCUCAGCUGAUCUCCGAGUCGCAGCGAGUGGCGCAUUAUGAGAGCCGGAAGCACGCGAGUAAGGUGCGUCUGUACUACAUGCUUCAUCCCGUGGAUGGCGGAUGUCCUGCCAAGAAGCUCAGAGCGGAAAACGGCAGUGACGAUGGUGAUGUGGACAAGAACAAGUGCUGCACCCUCUGCAACAUGUCCUUUACCUCAGCCGUGGUGGCCCAGUCACAUUACCAAGGGAAAAUCCACGCCAAAAGGCUGAGACUGUUACUGGGAGAAGAGCCGCCUUUGGGAGCAGAACCGAAGCAGCUGCCUUCGAUCCGCAGUACGAUAACGAACCCCCCGAGACAGAGGAGAGACUCGGCCCGAUUCUGUCAGCUGUGUAAUGCCUGGUUUAAUAACCCCAUGAUGGCCCAACAACACUACGACGGCAAGAAGCACAAGAAGAAUGCCGCGAGAGCAGACUUAAUGGAGCAGCUCGGCCAGACACUGGACCCCGAGGCCCUUAGAGCUCUGAAACGCAGUUACAGCUGCAGCUUGUGUCACGUUGUCCUGAACUCCAUAGAACAAUACCACGCUCAUCUGCAGGGGUCCAAACAUCAGACCAACCUGAAAAACCGAUUGUGAGAUUCGAGAGCAAAGCCGUGAAUGGAGGCCCGACUUGAGCGGUUCUUUGGCCGUCGCACAAAAACGUGGACCUCACACAGAGACGGGCAUCUUUCUCAAACGGCCUUUGUCGCAUUCGAAUGUUUCACUUUCCGGACACAGAGGCAGCCUGCGUGACUCAUGGAAUUCCGAAUGCCCACAGGAGGCAAAGUCCAGCGGGGGCUGUCUCCAUUGACACACGACCGAGUACUUCGCAGACGAGGAAGAAUCUGUAUCUUCCGAGCCCGCUCAUCCCUAGAGACGAUAGCUUGUCGCCGGUUAGGUUGCAGAUAAAAGAGAUUAUGCAAAAUGUAACCUGAAUUCCUGCAAAAAAAUGAAAAGAAGAAAAUCCAAAACUAUUUCUUGAAAGUUUUUAAACUUUUUGAAGAAAGAACUUGCAUUUAUUUAUAGAUAGACAAAAAUGCUGGAGAAACUCAGCAGGUGAGGCAGCAUCUAUGGAGCAAAGCAAAAAGGCAACGUUUCGGGUCGAGACCCUUCUUCAGACUCGGCAUUUAUUUAUAUGUAAUCUCUCACAAGGUCACGAGCCCCAAGUCUUCUCGGAAUCUAUUAUGUACUUUUAAAGUGUAAUUUUUUUUUUCUCUCGAGAAACGCAUGAUUGAGUUGGGCCCACCAAGUCCGCAGGAAACAGCUGGAGAAUUGGUCUGGAUCCUUGGUGAGCUGCUAUACUCCCCAGCUGAGCGGACACAGGGGUAGGUGGGUUUAUUCCAAACGACAGGACCUCCAGAGGUGCAUCAUUGACAUCAUGGAGGUGUCAGCCUCAAUUAAACGCUUAAAGCUGUGAAGCUGAGUUUGGUCCCAUGGGAGUGAGGUGAAGACACCAGUGAUUCAUUCCGUUGGAAUCCUAUUUCUUCAUUGGUGGAGCCUGGAUCACAAUCUGUUCGAGCCACUCAGUAUGAAGAGUCCUAUUUGAAUGCACAACAAAAAUUUCCCUGCUAUUGCAUAUCCAAGAAAUUAAAAGUCCCCCUUUUGGUUUUGAAGGUUUUCAGAGGUCUCGAAGCAAUACAGUUAAACACACAACAUGCUCACCUAUAAACAAACGGUUAUUGUGCGGUGAUUAUACUGAAGGUAGACACAAAACGCUGGAGUCAUAAGUCACAAGGUCAGAAGUGA